AUUCACUUCACAUCGUCUUUGGCUCAUAGCGUGGCGUCGAUUAGCGCUUCUGUCAGUGCGUGCGAGGGAGAAAUAGCAGGGGCUGGGGACAAAGAAUAAUAAAUGUCGGGAAGCGAAGAAGGCGAUUGCUCUUUCGUAUGGGGCGAAGCAAAUCAGCUCUAUUUCCAUGCCAGUAGUGGAUUUUACCAUGACCCGAAAAAUGGUUGGUACUAUAGCAGUAGUGAUGGACUUUACUACAAGUUUGAGGAUGGCAAUUAUGUUCUUCUGGAGUCAGAAAAGGUUAAUGAAUGUGAAACAUAUCAGUGCAAAGCAACUCAUCUAGAUCAUCCUGUUCAAGACCAGCCUUGUACAGACUUGUUAAUUAACAGUGAAGAUAAAUACUGUACAUUCCAGCCAGAUUCAUCUGAAGCUGACCAAUUUAUAGCAACUGUAUCUGAUGAACACACUUCUGCAGGAUACGCAGGGUGCCAUGGUGAGCAACCAGCUGACGAUCCACCUCGACCAUCGGAGUGGUUAGAAGAAACACUUAUAAACCUCUAUCUAUGUAAUUAUAAUGUUGCAGCCGAUGCCACUGAUGAUGCAGUAACAACUUUGGAAACUAAUAGCGGCAAUGACUCAAAUCUCUCAGCAGAUGUUUCAGGAACUAAUGAUACCCAGGAACUAGAAGAAGGUGAAUGGAUCCCAGAGGACAAUAUGACUGCUCUAAGUCAAACUGUCAUAGAUGAAGGUGCUAUGAGGGAUGAAGAGAUGUGGCAAGCUCAGUAUGGUCAAGUUGUAAGGGAUAAAGAAGAGUCGGUGCCUAAUUUCCCUGUUGUGGAUUUGUGGGACUGGGAAAUGGUCACAGCAUCCAAAAAGGAUGGAAAAGGUAAAGUCGCUAAGUUGGUUGGGCGACUGGUGAGACGGUCGGCUAAGCUUCAUCCUUCUAUGCCUUCUGGUGGUCGUCUGCUAAAAACUGCUCCAAUAUGUGAAGUGCAUCUUGAUUUGGUUCGAGUUACAACAGGUCAAGUGUAUAGAUUGCGGAGUCCUAGUGUGAAAUACCUGGCUUCUGUUUCAACUUAUGAUUCAUCCAACCCAACAUUAGAGUGGGGCUUCCCUGAACUGUCAGUUAAAAUUCAAAGGAAGCACCAGCAAAACUCUUGUGGACGUGGUGGAUCGAGAGCUGCAGAUGGUUUUGGCGCUUUCAAGGAUGCGCCUAUAGUAUCUAAUAAGGACUCGGCCUGUGGAAAGGAUAUAAACCAUGCUUAUAGGGAUAGAGCUGCCGAGAGGAGAACCUUGCAUGGUGGUUUCGGUGUGGGCCCUGGGCAAAAGAACCCAGUAGUUGGUGAUGAUGGGGAUUCGUCUCUUGGUUCCACAAACACUGAGGAUGCUGCAGCCGAAGCCUUGAACAAGUCAUUUGGGGCUGGUAGUUAUGCCAGGAGAAUUCUUGAAGGCAUGGGCUGGAAGGAGGGGGAGGCACUAGGUCAUACCUCAAAAGGCUUGAAGGAACCAAUACAACUAGUCGGAAACACUGGCGUCGCCGGAUUAGGGUAUCCUCAGGGCAAAAGAAGGCACCUCUGAAGUACAGUGCAUCACAGGUAAAAAAGUCUCGGAAGUUGACACAAAUCACAAACGAAAAGCUAUACAGCCCAACAAAAUAGAUAAAUCUCAAGCCCAUGACACAUUGCACAUAUGGAUAAGGCCCAAACAUAUCUGCAUUGAAUCACUGAUCACUAGUGUUCUUUGGCAGAAUAAGGCCAGCCCUUCUAUUUUUGACUUUUUUGGGCCGCAGCCAGCAAGCAAGCAUGUAUGAAAGUGAAACUAGAAAGAUGAGUUGGGGAACAAAAUGGAGUCUCCUCCAUUGUUGAAGAGUCGACUUCACUGGUCUCUUUUAGUGCGUCAGACCUCCAACAAUUGUCAUCAUUUCUUACUGUGUUAUUCGAAAAAUGUUUGAGAAUUCAAUUUAUAACGCCGAUUUCAUCCCAAUCCAUGUUAAUCGUUGGA